AACGUAAGUUUCCCAACUGGUCAUGGCGGUUGCUGCUGUGCUAGGAUCAAGACUCCGCAGGCUGCAGUGACAACUAGCAAGCACUCGAUCUGGCGUUGUUACCUUGAGAGCUGCGUGGCGAACGGGGAUGAAGCCGCUAAGGAAAGCUAGCCCGGAACGGAUAGUCUUGUCUCGAACCGCAGCUGGCGGAGAGUGAUCGGAUUCUAGGGUUUGCGCUAGCUCGGCCGUUGGGGUUUCGCUGCUUGGAAUUGUCUCCGUUGGUGCUGUUAGUUGGCAGCAUGCCGUGCCGUUAACGCGAGCGAACUACAGACCGUCGUACCGACGCGAACCUCGCUUGUGUUGCGUCGAGUCGAGUCGAGGCGUCGCGAAUCGUCGCUACGUUUGAGGGGUCUCGCUUCACUCGCUGCACACCACCACUCCGUGCUUCGCAUUGCGGCGGCUGACUUGUGAGAGAUUUCUGAGAAUUCUCAAAAGUCUCUCUUCGAUCGCCGCACACCACCGCUCCGUGCUUCGCAUCGCGGCUGACUCGAGCCGCUUCAGAACGCCCUGAGAGCGCGCUCCUUCGCUCCGUCCGUUCGCGUCUUAAUCCGCUUCGAUUCCCGCUACAGUCCCCAAUGGACGACUACGAUGCUCUAGAUGAUUUCGACUUCGAGCAAACCCUCGGCCCCGGGCCGCUCCCGCCCUCCGCGCCCGCCUUCAGCACCGCCGUCCCCGCUCCUGCGGCCGGUGCGGCCGCGGCCGCGGAGCCGAGCGUCGGCCCUGGCGGACCCGGCGGGAAUUUCGGCGCAAGGCCCGAUGGGUUUGGCACGGGAUCGGCCCAGCACCCGCAACCCCCCUACCAGCAGCAGCAGCAGUUCCCCCAACAUCCGCACCAGCAGCACCAGCAACCGCACCAGCAGCCGCCGCAUGAUAUGGGCGGGCAUGGGGGGGGACAUGGGGGGGCGCACGGUGGUCCGCCUCCCCCGGGGGGGGAUUCCGGCGGAACUACCGGCAGACGGUGUGCCGGCACUGGCUGCGCGGGCUGUGUAUGAAGGGCGCGGAGUGCGGGUUCCUGCACCAGUAUGACAAGAGCCGCAUGCCGGUGUGCCGGUACUUCGCGCGCUGGGGCGAGUGCAGGGAGCCGGACUGCGUGUACAAGCACACCAAUGAGGACGUGAAAGAAUGCAAUAUGUAUAAGCUUGGGUUCUGCCCGAACGGGCCGGAUUGUCGCUACCGACACCAAAAGCUGCCGGGACCUCCCCCCCCUGUGGAGGCCUUGGCGGAAAAGUUUCAGCUGCAGCUGCAGCAGCGCCCGCCCUUCCACUUCGCG